CUCUCAUCUGACGUGCAAAGAAAUCGAAAGAGAAAAGAGUGGCUUCAUCGACGUAAUGCAUCCAAAGCGACGCAGGAUACAAAUAAAGCGCGCUUGGCACCGCGACCUGCUCGCGUUCACAAGGAAUAUCCUUCUCGGUCAUACAUGUUCACCAUGUCCAGGCUUGGAUUCCUCCCUUUGACAGUCUUUCUCUGGUAUAGCUGGGUUCAAACUUUAGGGGCGUUUCCUUUGCAGAUUCGUCAAAACAAGAGUGAAUACCCAGGUAGUGUCGAUAACGGGACCUAUGGUCCCGCUUUGCAAACAGAGUUUCUGUUUCAUAAACAGAUGCCAACGGGUGUCACGGUCUCGCAAAAAGGUCGGAUAUUCGUCAACUACCCGUACUGGAGCGAUGAUAUUGUCUUCACCGUUGCAGAGUUGAAGGACGGUAAAGAGGUUCCUUUUCCAAAUAGCGUCGUCAACUGGAAAGUUGGCCCCUCUUCUUGGAAUCAGUCGAAUCAGGCUGAAUACUUUGUAUCAGUCCAAUCUGUCGUCAUUGACCCGCACGAUAACUUGUGGAUAUUGGACACUGGCAGACCUGUUGUGAACGGAACAAUGCUAGACGCAACAUACGGAGGUCCCAAACUGGUGUGUGUGGACCUCAAGAAUGAUACAAUAAUCAAAACGAUAGUGUUUCCCAUGAAUGACACCAUCUUUCCGAAGAGCUAUCUCAAUGAUGUUCGCUUUGAUCUUCGCAUUCUAACUGAAGGAGUUGCAUACAUCACUGACUCUUCCGAUGAAGGGUACACUGGAAUCGUAGUUGUAGACCUUGACAGCGGAGAGUCAUGGCGUCGUCUCCACAUGCACAGCUCCACCCGUCCGACCCCGCGCUUCGUCCUUUCAGUCGCUGGGCUUCCAAUCAGGCUCCAACCAGAGCCAUCAGAGCCUCCUGGCUACAUUACCACCGGGUCAGACGGCAUUACACUGUCAGCAGACGGGCUUCGUCUGUUUUACUGCCCUCUUGCAUCUAGGCGCCUGUUCAGCGUCGAUGCACGUAUCAUGGCCGCCCCAAACGCUAAUGAUAAUGAUACUAUUCUCACGGUUACGGCACAUGGCGAAAAGGGCGGCACUUCCGAUGGCUUGGAAUCCGAUGAUCAAGGCAACAUUUACAUAUCAAACCAGGAUCAAAAUGCCAUUUUCCGUGGACGUUAUCAAAAUAACACUUUGAUCAUUGAGCCUUUUGUCCGCGAUCCACGAAUUCAGUGGGCAGAUACGCUCAGUGUCGGAUUCGACCAUCGUCUUUAUUUUACCAGCAAUCAGCUCCAUUUGCAAGCCAAAUACUGGGGGGGACGUGAUUUGAGAAAACCCCCAUACGCACUUUACAGCGUCCCUCUUGAACACAACGUCGGAAGGGUUAAUUUGACAUGUGUAUCUACUGGCCUAGUUGAAUGCUCUGGUAGCAUGCGCCAGAGACAAUGUCGGUGCUAGGAAUCUAUGAAUAGCUUGCUUUAUUUCUUGUACAUGAGGUUGCAUUUAAAGAAAAAAAGUGUAUCGUGUUAACAGCUUAUACAAG